AUGGAAACAAGUGGCAGUUAUAUGGAAGGAUUCAGGCUAAAGGGGUCAGAUGUUGACAUGAUGUCUUGGCCAAUUGACCACAAUAUAAUUUGGGACUUGGAUCAGGCUCAGCAUUAUGACUUAACUAGAAAAACACUGAUUCUCUGUGAUUGUUCGGAAAGUCUGCCUGGAUUUGCUUUACUUGAACUAUUGACAAAGACUCACCUGAGAUCUAUAGAGAAUGCAUUUAUAAGAAUCAAUGACAGACUCUAUAUAUCAAGUGCUAAGUUCAGAAGGAAUCAUCUUUUUGGAUUUAGGGAACAUGGUCCUUGUAGUAACGGUUUUCAAGCGGAAUUAGAAUAUGACUUUGCCCACUGUUUUGUCUGUGAUUUUUGGCCCCCUCCAGCUUGCCAGUGGAGAAACAGAUGUCACUCAUGGCCCCCUCCUCCUAUCAUUGAUGGAAUAGUCAGAAAAGGAUGUCAUUUUGUAGCAGUAGGACACAAAUUAGGAAAUCACCCCGACAGUGAAUGGAGAAUUUCCUUUUCUUUGGCUGAGAAAUGUUUAGUUUCCUCAAUGAAUCAUUGCCAAUUCCUAACGUACGGUCUGCUUAAAUUGUUCUUAAAAGAAUGCAUCAACAGUGGAUUAAAUGAAGAGGAUAAAUUACUGUGUUCUUAUCACAUGAAGACGGCUGUUUUUUGGGUGAUUCAACAAAAUAUGAUACCUUACUGGUGUCCACAAAAUCUCUUGCAGUGUUUCUGGGUCUGUUUUAAACUUAUCCUGAAAUGGGUGUAUGACGGCAUUUGUCCGAAUUUUUUUAUUCCAGAAAACAACAUGUUUCUAACUAAAAUUCAUGGUCAAGCACAAAAAGAAUUGUUUAUUAGACUCUAUGGAUUAUAUGAGAAAGGUUUAGCAUGCCUGCUUCACAGUCCAUCCAUCAGAUCCCAUGUUAUAAGUGUCCUUCUAAAUCCUAGGCAAUAUGUUCGUAUAGAUGAAGAUGCUUUGCUUUCUAAGUUCAAGUUUGAAGGUGAUCUAUUUCAUGAGAUAUAUAACACCAAUCUCCCCAUAAUGGACUUGCACACUUGUAUGGAGUUCCUUAUUACUAUUGAAAGGUUCACAAUUUUACCCCUUACACAAUAUCAGAAACUUGUUUUACAGCAGAGUACAGCUAUUACACUCCAGGACACAGCUUUUAUUUUACUCAACUUCUUAACAGAUUCAAUAGCAUUCGAAGUGGAUACCAAUACAUGUAGUAAUAAAAAGAUAUAUUUAAUUGACAAAACAUCCCUUUACAUGCUAAGAUUAGUCGCUAAGUUUGGGUUCAUUUCCAACAUGUUGUAUGUUGCCAUGUAUUAUUACAAGACAUUCAGAUACUUGCAAGCUUUAACUGUAAUAGAAGCUACAAAAGCUAAAUUAGGACAACCAUAUUCAGUGAAUAUGAGAUAUGUAUACCCACAGAGAUAUAGCGAGGCUGUAGAGAGACUUUCCUUGUCUACAAAGAUGAGAAAGGUAGCAUGGGACAUUCGUCUGAACAAUUUAAUGUAUUACAUAAAUGAAUUAGUGCCAGAACAACAGUCGGGGUUACCGUAUAGACACCCAGGGUUAGGUAUCCCCCUCUAUGUUCUCUUACACAUGUUGGAGAUCUUGUGUUACAGACAUGUAGUCCCAGUGAGAACACAAAGAGCGCUAGAUGACCUACAAGAUCUUGUACACCAUAAUCAGGAGACAGAUCUACUUGGAAAUGGAAAAGAAAUAUCAUGGGAGAUCCUAGGGAUUUUUCAACAGAUUACUGGGAAUUACCAAGCAGCUCUAUAUUCCUACCGACAAUCCCUUACACAAGAAACAUUCAACAAAAUACAAAUCGCUACAUUAAUGAGGAUACGCCAAAUCAUGGACCUAAUCAAUAGAGUCUAA